AUGGAACUCUGCGUGAAGCUCCAAGAUGUGGGGGGCAGCUCAUCUAGCUCGAAUAACGUGGAGGAAAUGCGAAAUUCCUGUGCUGGUGAAGGCAUUCCAUUUUUGGACACAGGUAGGGGUCGUAGUCCGUCCUUUAAUGCCUUCGUGGCUCCCGCCCAAAAUACAGAAAUACCUGACCAACGUCCCUUCCCCAAUGUCCAUGUUGCGUAUCCGGAAGGAAUGGCCGACGGGUUGGCUGACUCAUCUGAGGAAGACGAGAUUGAGAAUGAUAGUGGAGAGGAAGCAGAGCUUGUUCUGGAAACCCAACCGGUUCAGGGCGAAAGGGUCAUCCCAAGUGUUGUUGAACCCAUCAAUGUUGCAAGGGUCGGAGCUCUUUCCAGCGGCACCCCCGACCAUUACUUGCACCUCAGUCUUGGUCCAAUGAACUCGACAAAUGUAGAGGACAUACCCAGUAACUAUGGUUUGACCAAUGAAAUGGAGCUAGAGGUUGGCAUGAAAUUCGUGAACAAGGAUGCAGCAAUGCUUGGUGUUAAGAACUACAACAUCCGUCGAAGUGCAGAAUUCAAAGUGGUGGAGUCAGAUCAUAGUAGGUAUGUUUGUCGAUGCAAACUUUUUGGUGACCAAUGUUCCUGGAUGGUGAGGGUUGCAAAGACGAGGGCGUCCAGAUUUUGGGAAGUUCGAAAAUACCAAGGGCCUCACACUUGUUUGGCGUCUGCGACUUCGCAAGAUCAUGCUCAACUGGAUUCAAAUGUCAUAUGCCAGCACAUAUUCCCUAUGGUUCAAGCAGACGCAACUAUUUGCAUAAAAGUGUUGCAGGGAUCUGUGGAGUCGGCAUACGGAUACAAGGUGUCUUACAAAAAGGUUUGGCUAGCGAAGCAAAAGGCAAUAGCCAGAAUCUAUGGAGACUCGGAUGAAUCUUAUAACCAGCUACAGAGAUACUUCAACCCGCCCAACUGCGAAAGAACAGAAUGA